UCUCUGAAAAUAGUGCGCGGCGUCGGACCGAAUCGAUCGGUAGACAAACGACGCUUUGAAGGCCCCGUGCCAAGUUCUGCUAACGCGUCUCGUUAAUUCGUUAUCGAUUAUUAAUAUCAUUUUUUUUAAAUCGAUGUGAGGGUUGUUUUAAAACUGAAUCGAGGCGGAUUGUGGCGAGUUCGGCGGUGAUGCGGUCAUAUAUAAGUAGCGACGCCCCUCCCCCUCACUGUCAGUGAGCGGAGGCUCACCGCAAAAAAAAUAGUCCUGGCGCGCGCGCGCUCGCUCGCUCGCUGACUCGCUCCGGAAACUUUUCAUCAACUCUCAUUUAAAAAGUGAUUAUUGAGUUUUAAUUAACAAACAAAAAUUCGUAAACAACAGAGUUGGAACGAGAGGUGUCUCUGGGUGUGUUUGCGGGCUAGACAUCGGUGGUGGUGUGGUGGUGGUGUGGUGGUGAACACCGGACCCACCAACCAACCAUGGAGCUCCACGGCAAGAUCAUCGUCAUCAAGCGAAACGGCAGCCAUGGCAUCGGCUUCCCCCUCAGCGUACGCAGCUGCCUUAUUGGCAGGUCUCCCGAUUGCGACAUCCGCAUCCAGUUCAACGAGGUCCAGCUGAUGCAUUGUCGCCUUGAUGUGCAGGAUGACGGGCAGGUGGUGCUGUGUAGCCUGUCGGAUGCUGGCAGGACUCUGGUGAACGGUAGUCCGGUGCCGCCCGGUGGAGUGGUGCUGGCGCACGAAGACGUCUUCACGGUGCACCACCGCUCCUUCAGGUUUGAGCUGCCUCCGGAUGCCGCUGUUGCUGCUUCUGCAGAUGCUGCUUCUGCUGCACCACCAGCUGCUGCUACUGAGCCCGUACCACCUGAUGAUGCAUUGACUGCCGCCAUCUCUACCAAUUCCACGGUUGAGGCUGUUACUUUAAUCGCAGAGACAGCCGACCAUACUGCUAAGACUCCAGUCAAGACACCCAGACAGACAGCCGACCAGACAGCCAAGACUCCAGUGCAGAUACCCAAACAAAUAGCUGACCAGACUGCGAAGACACCCAGACAGACAGGCGACCAGACAGCCAAGACUCUAGUGCAGACACCCAAACAAAUAGCUGACCAGACUGCGAAGACACCAGUGAAGACACGCAGACAGACAGCCGACCAUACUGCUAAGAUUCCAGUGCAGACUCCCAGACAGACAGCCGACCAGACAGCCAAGACUCCAAUGAAGACACCUGGACAGCCAGCCGACCAGACAGCCAAGACUCCAAUGAAGACACCUGGACAGCCAGCCGACCAGACAGCCAAGACUCCAAUGAAUAUACCCAGACAGACAGCUAAGACUCCAAUGAAGACACCUGGACAGCCAGCCGACCAGACAGCCAAGACUCCAGUCAAGACACGCAGACAGACAGCCGACCAUACUGCUAAGAUUCCAGUGCAGACUCCCAGACAGACCGCCGACCAGGCAACCAAGACUCCAAUGAAGACAGACAAGCAAAUCGCUGACCAGACAGUCAAGACUCCAGUGAAGACGCCCAGACAGACAGCCAAGACUCCAGUGAAGACACCCAGACAGACAGCCGACCAGACAGCCGACCAGACAGCCAAGACUCCAGUGAAGACACCCAGACAGGCAGCCGACCAGACAGCCAAGACUCCAGUGCAGACUCCCAGACAGACAGCUAAGACUCCAGUGAAGACACCUGGACAGCCAGCCGACCAUACUGCUAAGACACCAGUGCAGACACCCCAACAGACAGCUAAGGCUGCAGUGCAGACACCCAGACAGACGGCUAAGACACCAGUGUGGACACCCAAAUGGGCAUUGUCCACCAAGGAGGUUGACCUUGAUAAGCCGUCCAUGGAUGAAACAGACGUGCAUAAUUCGUCUGUUGACGAUACGGACCUGCAGACUUCAUCCAUUGAUGAGGCAGACCUACAGAAGUCGUCCAUUGAAGAUGGAGACCUACAGAAGUCGUCCAUUGAAGAUGGAGACCUACAGAAUUCAACCAUUGAUGAGGCAGACCUUCAGAAGUCGUCCAUUGAAGAUGGAGACCUACAUAAUUCAUCCAUUGAUGAGGCAGACCUACAGAAGUCGUCCAUUGAAGAUGGAGACCUACAGAAGUCGUCCAUUGAAGAUGGAGACCUACAGAAUUCAUCCAUUGAUGAGGCAGACCUUCAGAAGUCGUCCAUUGAUGAUGCAGCAGACCUGCAGAAGUCGUCCAUUGAUCAGGCAGACCUAUAUACGUCGUCCAUUGAAGAUGCAGACUUGCAGAAGUCGUCCAUUGAUGAGGCAGACCUGCAGAAGUCGUCCAUUGAAGAUGGAGAGCUACAGAAUUCAUCCAUUGAUGAGACAGACCUGCAGAAGUCGUCCAUUGAAGAUACAGUAGACCUGCAGAAGUCGUCCAUUGAUGAAGCAGACUUACAGAAUUCGUCCAUUGAAGAUGGAAACCUACAGAAGUCAUCCAUUGAUCAUGUAGACUUCCAGAAGUUGUUUGAUGAUGCAGCAGACGUGCAAAAGUCGUCCAUUGAUGAGGCAGACUUUCAGACGUCCAUUGAAGAUGCAGACCUGCAGAAGUCGUCCAUUGAUGAGGGAGACCUGCAGAAGUCGUCCAUUGAUGAGACAUACCUGCAGAAGUCGUCCAUUGAUGAGACAAACCUGCAGAAGUCGUCCAUUGAUGAGGGAGACCUGCAGAAGUCGUCCAUUGAUGAGACAUACCUGCAGAAGUCGUCCAUUGAUGAAACCGACCUGCAGAAGUCGUCCAUUGAUGAGACAAACCUGCAGAAGGCGUCCAUUGAUGAGGAAGACCUGCAGAAGUCGUCCAUUGAUGAGGCAGACCUGCAGAAGUCGUCCAUUGAUGAGGAAGACCUGCAGAAGUCGUCCAUUGAUGAGGAAGACCUGCAGAAGUCGUCCAUUGAUGAGGAAGACCUGCAGAAGUCGUCCAUUGAUGAGACCAACCUGCAGAAGUCGUCCAUUGAUAACGAAGACCUGCAGAAGUCGUCCAUUGAUGAGGAAGACCUGCAGAAGUCGUCCAUUGAUGAGGAAGACCUGCAGAAGUCGUCCAUUGAUGAGACCAACCUGCAGAAGUCGUCCAUUGAUAACGAAGACCUGCAGAAUUCGUCCAUUGAUGAGGAAGACCUGCAGAAGUCGUCCAUUGAUGAGGAAGACCUGCAGAAGUCGUCCAUUGAUGACGAAGACCUACAGAAGUCAUCCAUUGAUGAGGCAGACCUACAGAAGUCGUCCAUUGAUGAGGCAGACCUGCAGAAUUCGUCCAUUGAUGAGGAAGACCUACAGAAGUCGUCCAUUGAUGAGGAAGACCUGCAGAAGUCGUCCAUUGAUGAGGAAGACCUGCAGAAGUCGUCCAUUGAUGAGACAAACCUGCAGAAGUCGUCCAUUGACGAGGCAGACCUGCAGAAGUCGUCCAUUGAUGAGGCAGACCUGCAGAAUUCGUCCAUUGAUGAGACAGACCUGCAGAAGUCAUCCAUUGAUGAGGCAGACCUACAGAAGUCAUCCAUUGAUGAGGCAGACCUGCAGAAAUCGUCCAUUGAUGAGGCAGACCUGCAGAAAUCGUCCAUUGAUGAGAAAGACCUGCAGAAGUCAUCCAUUGAUGAGGCAGACCUACAGAAGUCGUCCAUUGAUGAGGCAGACCUACAGAAGUCGUCCAUUGAUGAGGCAGACCUGCAGAAAUCGUCCAUUGAUGAGGCAGACCUGCAGAAGUCAUCCAUUGAUGACGAAGACCUGCAGAAGUCAUCCAUUGAUGAGGCAGACCUACAGAAGUCAUCCAUUGAUGAGGCAGACCUGCAGAAGUCAUCCAUUGAUGAGGCAGACCUACAGAAGUCAUCCAUUGAUGAGGCAGACCUGCAGAAGUCAUCCAUUGAUGAGGCAGACCUACAGAAGUCAUCCAUUGAUGAGGCAGACCUGCAGAACUCGUCCAUUGAUGAAACAGACCUACAGAAGUCGUCCAUUGAUAAGGAAGACCUACAGAAGUCGUCCAUUGACGAGGCAGACCUGAAGACGUCCAUUGAUGAGGCAGACCUGGAGAAGUCGUCCAUUGAUGAGGCAGACCUGGAGAAGUCGUCCAUUGAUGAGGCAGACCUGAAGACGUCCAUUGAUGAGGCAGACCUGGAGAAGUCGUGCACUGAAGAUGCAGCAGACCUGCAGAAGCUGUCCAUUGAUGAGACGUCCCUCAGGAACAUCACCCUCGCGUCGAAGUCGCCCCUCCGCGAGGUGGACCUUUCGGGCCAGCGGCCGCCCCGUGCCGAGGUCGACCCGGCCUCUAAGUCACCCUCCUCCGGCACCGCCAAGGCCGAUGCCAAGGCCACGCUGCUUCUGCUAUGUCCGCCGUCGUCGUCGUCGUCGUCACCCCUCGUGGGCCGCCACCUCUUGGAGGUGGAGUCCGUGAGGAGCGUCCUGCUGCUCGGUAACGGCAGCUCGCCUGUCCGCGCCUUCAAGGAGAACGUUCCGCUAGCGCGGGACGGAGCGGACAAGAGCCCCGUGGCCCCGGGGGAGUCGUCUCCCUUCCCUCUCAUCAAGGACGGCAGGAAGAAGACCGCGACGGGGGUGGAGACAGACGGCCCUGCUACGUCCGACUGCGAUGCAAGGCCUGCCUGGACAUCUCCUACGGGGCGUCGCCGUUCCUCCGUGGGUUCUCGCGGCACCCCAGAGACAAACGCAGCCAUCUGCCACGCAGCGCGCUUAGUGAACACGGCUCCGGCGUUCUCGCGAGGCCGCUACCGCCAUAGUAGCCCCCUCGUGCCUCGUCCACACGGCCGUCGCCCGUCCCUCAGGUCCUCCAUCCUCAUGAGGAGGUCGGAGCAGCUUGGGGGCCGCAUGGCCGAGGUGACGGAGGAGGAGGUGGAAGUGGUGACAGAGGAGGUGGUGGUGCCGAAGGAGGCAGAGGAGCAGCAGCAGCAGACGGAAGGGGUGGGAAGAGACACGGGGACACGGAGAGUCUCCACCCGGAAGCGGAUGUCGGAGGUGGUGGAGGUGGAGGAGGUGACGAAGGAGGAGAAGCAGCAGCAGAAGGAAGGGGUGGGAAGAGACGCGGGGACACGGAGAGUCUCCAUCCGGAAGCGGAAGUCGGAGGUGGUGGAGGAGGGCGAGGUGGCGACGAAGGAGGAGGAGGAGGCAGAGGAGCAGCAGCAGAAGGAAGAGGCGGAAAGAGACGCGGGGACACGGAGAGUCUCCAUCAGGAAGCGAAAGUCGUUGGAGGAGGAGGUGGUGGUGGUGGUAGAGGAGGAGGUGGUGGAAGAGAAGGAGGAGGAGGAGGAAGUGGAGGAGGAAGUGGAGGAGGAAGUGGAGGAGGAGGAGGAAGUGGAGGAGGAGGAAGUGGAGGAGGAGGAGGAAGUGGAGGAGGAGGAGGAAGUGGAGGAGGAGGAGGAAGUGGAAGUGGAGGAGGAGGAGGAGAAAGAGGGCAAAAAGGGGGCUGUUGUCCCUGCUUCUGCUGGCGCCUCUCCCUUGUCAUUCGCUCUGCCCCCCCGCAAGCUCAGGAAGGGCAAGAAGGGCAAGAAGGGCAAGAAGGGCAAGAAGGGCAGGGUAGUGUCGUUUGGUAUCCACCUGAGCCCCGAGCUCUUUGACAAGACUCUGCCACCCUCCACGCCGCUCAGAAGGGGAGCGUCGCCCGCCAGGACCCCCAGGGCCCGGGUGGCCAUGCCGGCCUGCGGUGUCAUCCAAGAGGGGGAUGAUGAGUUGUGUUCACACAAGAGGUCUGUAUCAACCUCCAAAAAGCUGUUCUCUUUCAAAGUGGCCUCGCCUAAGAAUGCUCCAAGAGCCUCACCCAAGAUGGCUGCCUCUAAAGCCUCGUGCAAGAUGGCUUCUCCUAUAGCCUCCCCCAAGAUGGCUUCAAGAGCCUCCCCCAAGAUGGCCUCUAGAGCCUCGUCCAAGAUGGCUUCUGCUAGGACCUCACUCAAGAUGGCUUCUCUGAGAGCCUCACCCAAGAUGGCUUCCCCAAGAGCCUCCCCCAUGAUGACUUCUAGAGCCUCGCCCAAGAUAGCUUCUCCUGGAGCCUCGCCCAAGAUGGCUUCUCCUAGAGCCUCGCCCAAGAUAGCUUCUCUAAGAGCCUCGCCCAAGAUGGCUUCUCCGAGAGCCUCACCCAAGGUGGGUUCUCCUGGAGCCUCGCCCAAGAUGGCUUCUUCGAGAGCCUUGCCCAAGAUGGCUUCUCCUAGAGCCUCGCCCAAGAUAGCUUCUCCUGGAGCCUCGCCCAAGAUGGCUUCUCCUAGAGCCUCGCCCAAGAUGAGUUCUGGAGCUUCGCCCAAGAUGACCUCUCCUAGAGCCUCCCCCAAAAUGGCUUCUCUGAGAGCCUCGCCCAAGAUGGCUUCUCCAAGAGCCUCGCCCAAGAUGGCUUCUCCUAGAGCCUCGCCCAAGAUAGCUUCUCCUGGAGCCUCGCCCAAGAUGGCUUCUCCUAGAGCCUCGCCCAAGAUGGCUUCCCCUAGGGCAUUGCCCAAGAUGGCUUCUCCUGGAGCCUCGCCCAAGAUGAGUUCUCCUGGAGCCUCGCCCAAGAUGAGUUCUGGAGCUUCGCCCAAGAUGACCUCUUCUAGAGCCUCCCCCAAGAUGGCUUCUCCUAGAGCCUCGCCCAAGAUGGAUUCUCCUGGAGCCUCGCCCAAGAUGGAUUCUCCUGGAGCCUCGCCCAAGAUGGAUUCUCCUAGAGCCUCGCCCAAGAUGGCUUCUCCUAGAGCCUCGCCCAAGAUGGCUUCUCCUAGAGCCUCGCCCAAGAUGGCUUCUCCUAGAGCCUCGCCCAAGAUGGCUUCUCCUAGAGCCUUGCCCAAGAUGGCUUCUCCUAGAGCCUCGCCCAAGAUGGCUUCUAGAGCCUCGCCCAAAAUGGCUUCUACUAGAGCCUCGCCCAAGAUGGCUUCUCCUAGAGUCUCGCCCAAGAUGGAUUCUCCUGGAACCUCGCCCAAGAUGGAUUCUCCUGGAACCUCGCCCAAGAUGGAUUCUCUUGGAACCUCGCCCAAGAUGGCUUCUCCUGGAUCCUCGCCCAAGAUGGCUUCUCCUGGAGCCUCGCCCAAGAUGGAUUCUCUCGCUCGAACCCCCUCGUCUGUGGUGGUGAUGGCUUCUGAGCUCUCUUCGCCAACGGCGGCUUCUCUAAUGCCCAUUCCCGAGGUGGCCUCUCCAGAGAGGGCCUCACCAAAGCUGUCCUCAACCAAGAUGGCAACCUCAACCCGCACCCCCGUUCGUGUGUCUGGCCGUUUCUCCGUGUCCGUGGUGGAGACCCCGUCGCCCGUCCCGACUCUGCGGCAAGACCGUGACGACGACCGUGGCGAUGGUGAUGACGCCCAGGAGACGGCAGUUGGUGGUGGUGAUAGUGGCGGUGAUGGUGGCGGUGAUGGUGGCGGUGAUGGUGGUGGGUGUACGUUGGAGCGGGGAGGAAGGGGCAGGACGAGGAGGAGUGCCUCAGCGGUCCGGACAGCGAAGGAAGUGUCAGCGGUGGUGGCUGUAAGGAGGACAUGCAGGAGUGUGGGAGGCACGAUGAGGGGCUCUUUGGCCGCCCGUCGCGAGACAUCGGCCCAUGUGGCAAUGACCCCCGAGCGGCAUUCUCCAUGGUCCGGGAAUGAAGGGGAAGUGGACCCCUACGACUUGCUGUGUACCCCCGAGGGGAGCGGUGAGAUGGCCGUGUCUCCCCUGAGUUCUGAUGGCAACCUCCGCCGGGCCCUCCGUCCCGUCUCUCCUCCCGCGUCGUCGAACCGACCGGGCGUCCGUUGUUUCGCCCCACGGCCUGAUGCGGUCGCGACGGAGUGGUGGGUGGCAGAAGAAGCCUCGGUGGACCCCCCUUCGCUUCCGCGGAUGCUCGGGGUGGAUGGCAGCCAAGUCGGAAUUAUGGAAGUUCCCUCCCAGAAAAAAUCUCGCAGGGGGAAAUCUGCGCAAGCCCCUGCCCAAGAUAUUAGCGAGGUAAAAAUGGUGGAACUUCCCUCUGAAGAGAGAUCUGGCGGAGGGAAAUCUGCGGAAGCCCCGGCCCAAGAUAUUAGCGAGGUAAAAAUGGUGGAUCUUCCCUCUGAAAAGAGAUCUGGCGGAGGGAAAUCUGCGGAAGCCCCGGCCCAAGAUAUUAGCGAAGCGGAGAUCGUGGACGUUCCCUCUGAGAAGAGGUCUCGCAGUGGAAAAUCUGCGGAAGCCCUUGCUCAAGAUGUGAACGAGGUAAAAAUCGUUGAAGUUGCAUCUCGUACGAGACCUCGCAGGGGGAAAUCUGCGGACGCCCCUGCUCAAGAUGUUAGCAAAGUAGAAGUUGUGGCAGUUCCCUCUCAGAAGAGAUCUAGGAGGGGGAAAUCUGCGGACGCCCCUGCUCAAGAUAUUAGCAAAGUAGAAGUUGUGGCAGUUCCCUCUCAGAAGAGGUCUCGCAGAGGAAAAUCUGCGGACGCCCCUGCCCAAGAUAUUAGUGAGGUAAAAAUGGUGGAACUUCCCUCUGAAGAGAGAUCUGGCGGAGGGAAAUCUGCGGAAGCCCCGGCCCAAGAUAUUAGCGAGGUAAAAAUGGUGGAAGUUCCCUCUGAGAGAUCUGGCGGAGGGAAAUCUGCGGAAGCCCCGACCCAAGAUAUUAGCGAGGUAAAAAUGGUGGAACUUCCCUCUGAAGAGAGAUCUGGCGGAGGGAAAUCUGAGGAAGCCCCGGCCCAAGAUAUUAGCGAAGCGGAGAUCGUGGACGUUCCCUCUGAGAAGAGGUCUCGCAGUGGAAAAUCUGCGGAAGCCCUUGCUCAAGAUGUGAACGAGAUAAAAAUCGUUGAAGUUGCAUCUCGUACGAGACCUCGCAGGGGGAAAUCUGCGGACGCCCCUGCUCAAGAUGUUAGCAAAGUAGAAGUUGUGGCAGUUCCCUCUCAGAAGAGAUCUAGGAGGGGGAAAUCUGCGGAAGCUCCUGCUCAAGAUAUUAGUGAGGUAAAAAUCGUCGAAGUUCCCUCUGAGGAGAGAUCUCGCGGAGGAAAAUCUGCGGACGCCCCUGUCCAAGAUAUUAGCGUGGUAAACCUCCAGGAAGCUCCCUCUGAGAAGAGGUCUCGCAGAGGAAAAUCUGCGGACGCCCCUGCCCAAGAUACUAGCGAGGUAGGCCUCGUGGAAGCUCCCUCUGAGAAGAGGUCUCGCAGAGGAAAAUCUGCGGAAGCCCCUGCCCAAGAUAUUAGCGACGUAGACCUCGUGGAAGCUCCCUCUGAGAAGAGGUCUCGCAGAGGAAAAUCUGCGGACGCCCCUGCCCAAGAUAUCAGCGAGGUAGACCUCGUGGAAGCUCCCUCUGAGAAGAGGUCUCGCAGAGGAAAAUCUGCGGACGCCCCUGCCCAAGAUAUUAGCGUGGUAAACCUCCAGGAAGCUCCCUCUGAGAAGAGGUCUCGCAGAGGAAAAUCUGCGGACGCCCCUGCCCAAGAUACUAGCGAGAUAGGCCUUGUGGAAGUUCCCUCUGAGAAGAGGUCUCGCAGAGGAAAAUCUGCGGACGCCCCUGUCCAAGAUACUAGCGAGGUAGGCCUCCAGGAAGAUCCCUCUGAGAAGAGGUCUCGAACAGGAAAAUCUGCGGACGCCCCUGCCCAAGAUAUUAGCGAGAUAGGCCUUGUGGAAGUUCCCUCUGAGAAGAGGUCUCGCAGAGGAAAAUCUGCGGAAGCCCCUGCCCAAGAUAUUAGCGACGUAGACCUCGUGGAAGCUCCCUCUGAGAAGAGGUCUCGCAGAGGAAAAUCUGAGGACGCCCCUGCCCAAGAUAUUAGCGUGGUAAACCUCCAGGAAGAUCCCUCUGAGAAGAGGUCUCGAACAGGAAAAUCUGCGGACGCCCCUGCCCAAGAUGUGAACGAGGUAGAAAUCGUUGAAGUUACAUCUCGGAAGAGAUCUCACAGGGGAAAAUCUGCGACAGCCACUGCUCAAGAUAUUAGCGAGAUAAAAAUCGCGGAAGUUCCCUCUCAAAACAGGUCUCGCAGGGGGAAAUCGGCGGAAGCCCCUGCUAAAGAUGUUAACGAGGCAGAAAUCGUGAAAGUUCCCUCUGAGAAGAGAUAUCUUAGAGGAAAAUCUGCGGACGCCCCUGCUCAAGAUGUGAACGAGGUAAAAAUCGUUGAAGUUGCAUCUCGUACGAGACCUCGCAGGGGGAAAUCUGCGGACGCCCCUGCUCAAGAUGUUAGCAAAGUAGAAAUCGUGAAAGUUCCCCCUGAGAAGAGGUCUCGCAGGGGGAAAUCUGCGGAAGCCAUCUCAGAAAUUCCACCUCAGCCGCUGGCUGCUAAGAGAGCAACGCGGGGCCGCUCGAAGACGCCCGGGGAAAUUCCCUCAACCAGAAUGUCUCGGAGGGGGACAUCCGCGGAAGCCCCUACUCGACAUGCGAGCGAGGGGGAAAUCGUGCAAGUUACCCCGGAGGCGGCCGUGAAGGAGAAGACCAUGAGGGCAGGACGGCUGAGGGCGAAGCCGGCUGAAACCCUGGAGACAAGUGGAGGAGUGGUGAAUGCCCAGAAGUCUCCACCCCGUGUCUCCCGUCGCCCGGGCCUGAGCCCAAUCGCAGAGAUUCGCACUCCCUUUGUGGGCGAGGAGGAGGGCGCCGAUGUGCCGGCGUUGAGCCUCUGCAUGAAGACAUUGAGGGAGACAUCAGCAGCAGCAGCAUCAUCAGCAGCUGCUGCUGCUCAGCCAUGCCCCAGACAGCCGGGCCGCUCCAAGCGAUCAGCUGGGGACGGUAGCGCUGGCGGCAAAGCCAAGAUGGCCAGGAACACGCGGGGAGGAGCGGAGGAGGAGGAGGAGGAGGGGGGUGGCGGCAACAGGGUCAAAAGGAGAGGGUGGAGCCAGGUCAUUUUGGAAGCGUCGACAAGUCUGGCUCCUGCUGCUGCUGCUGCUCCUACUGCUGCUGCUCCUGCUGCACAAGGGGCAGCGGCGGGACCAGCGAGGGGCAAGGCGACGGUGAAGAGGCAGGCGGUGGUUGAGAAGGAGCGAGGAGAAGAGACGCCGCCACCUAAGAGGAGGGUGACACGCACCGGUUCAGCCUCUACCAUCACCCAGCCCGGCGCCGGUGUCGAACCCAGGCCAAGAGCUCUGAGGCAGAGAACAGCGCGGGCUCGGCGAUAGCACGGCCGGGCGGUGCGGACGCCCACGGCACCUACGGAGACUUUGUCAUCGGUUCGAGUGUGGGUGGGUGGAGAGAUGUUAUCUCCCUCGUCUGCUACACAGGAGGUCGUGGGUUCAACCCCGGACGCUGACAACGCCUGCCACUGUAUAUUUGGAAUUGCAUGUCUCUCUCUCUCAUCAUCAUCAUCAUCACGAUAGCAAGGUAGAUGUUAACUACCUCGCCUGGUACACAGGAGGUCGUGGGUUCGAUCCCGGACGCUGACGACGCCUGCCGACGUAUAUUUGGAUCCCUGCGGUCUCUCUUUCCACCAUUGCCGCAGGGAUAUUUCUCCCCGAGUUUUUCCCUCCGCAU